AUGACGUACCCAACCGUCCAGGACCGUCAGGUCGUCAAACCCGACCGCCAUCUCACCAACACUACCGUUCCGCCCGGUGUAGUCGAUGACCCUGAGCAUGACGCCUUUGCCGUAGCCGACGAGAACCAACACCUUCUCACGCGCACCGCCAGCGCCAGCUCCAGCUCCUCCUCAUCUCAAACCCCCGGCCACCACUCCUCCCUCGACGAUGAUGGCUGGACCCCUCCGCCUUACUUCAUCUUCAUCCAAAUCGCCCUCAUGUCCAACGUCUUCCUCUACGGCUUCGACGGCACCAUCACCGCCGCCACCUACGCCAUCAUCUCUUCUGAGUUCGGCGCCGCCAACACCGCCUCGUGGCUGACCACCGCCUACCUGGUCACCAGCACCGCCUUCCAGCCGCUCUACGGGCGCGUGUCCGACAUUUUCGGCCGCCGCGUCUGUUUCUUUAUCAGCACCAUCACCUUCGCCCUCGGCUGUCUCUGGUGCGGCCUCGUCAAGUCUUCCGCCGAAAAUGGCAUGAUCUGGGUCAUCGUCGCCCGCGGCCUCACGGGCUUUGGCGGCGGUGGGCUUAUGACUAUGGCUACCAUCGUCAAUUCGGACAUGAUUCCCUUCCGCAGGCGCGGGAUGUACCAGGCGCUGCAAAACGGUAUGUUCGGGUUCGGCGCCAUUUGCGGAGCGAGUUUCGGCGGGAGUGUCGCGGAUGGGAUUGGAUGGCGUUGGUGUUUCCUGUUGCAGGUGCCCGUGUCGGCGUUUGCCCUGGCUGUUGGGUGGGUGGUUAUUAAGAAUCCCGUCAAUGGAGUCAUGGGUGGAGAGGAGAGGACUUGGGGACUCAUCUGGAGAAAGGUGGACUUUACCGGGGCCUUUUUGCUGGUGACGGCCAUUUCAAUCCAGCUGGUUGGGCUGAGCCUCGGAGGCAAUGAAUUGCCCUGGAGUAGCCCGUGGGUUGUGGCGUCGUUGGUGGGCAGCACGGCGAUGCUGGUGUUGUUCUUGGUCGUCGAGGCGAAGACCAGGGCGAUUCCGGUUAUUCCGUUAAGGUUGUUGAAGGGAAGCCUGCCGCUGCUGACGCAGUUUGCGAAUGUUUGUGCUGGGUUGAGCGCUUAUGCUUACCUCUUCAACCUUCCUCUGUUCUUCCAAGUCGUCCUUCUUGACUCGGCCACCACCGCCGGCGCCCGACUUGCCAUUCCGUCGCUGGCCACUCCCAUCGGUGGCCUCAUUGCCGGAGUGGUCAUGUCUCGCUGGGGGAAGCUCAUCACUCUCGUUCGUAUUGGAACCGCCCUGAUGGUCUUUGGCAACGCCUUGGUUACUUCCCUAGCCUUUGAGGACUCCAGGUGGAAGUAUCUCGUCUACAUCUUCCCCGCCAACCUGGGCCAAGGUAUCGUGUAUCCAGGCAUUCUCUUCACUUCGCUGGCCACGUUCGACCAUUCCGACCACGCCGUCACCGCCUCAACCGUUUACCUUAUCCGGUCUCUCGGCACUGUCUACGGCGUCGCCAUCACCUCUGCCAUUGUGCAAACCACGCUCAGCGUCCGGCUUCCCGGCGCUUUGGGCGAGAUACCAGAUAAAUGGAGAGUCAUCGAUGAAAUCCGUCACUCGGUCUCGGCUAUCAAAGACCUUCCUCCCGAUAUCCAGCUCAAGGCUCGCGAGGUCUAUUACGAAGGACUACAGCUCUCGUUUGCCACGUCGACGGCUGUGGCUGCUGCUGCUGUGGGCGCGGCGCUGCUCGCUAGGGCACGCGGCCUUCGUAGCACCAAAUAA